AUGGCCGGUACAUCUGUCUCUGUUCUUGACAUCCGCGACAGUCCCAUCAUCGCCGGGCCCGUCUUGAUGGAUCCCUUCAUCUCGGGCUCCGCAAACCUCUUUCCGAAGAUGCCCAGUCGCAUCAACGACGAUUCUUGGGAGCUGUGGGAGUUCGAGGCAUUCAGCGAUGACGGUGAGACUGCCGUUGGCGUCUCACUAUACCGGGAUCUGCGCGGCCUUGACCAAGAUGGCUUCCACGCAGAGCUCAACGCCAUCUGGCCAGACGGCAGCAAAUGGGGCGAGACGCUCUACUUCGCGAAAUCCGUCAUCACAGCUGAGGGAAGUGCACAUUCCCACGAGGGCCGACUAUCUGGAACUAUGAACCUGCACCGCAUUCUGGAGUCAACCAGCAACCAAAAAACAAGCCUGCCGGUAACAGAAGAAGCUGCACUGUUGUAUCCCUCUGUAUACUACACGUUUCCCAUGGGGCCUCAGGCUGCGACUGUGGACCUCACAUUCGCCGCUAGAGCUGUAGGCGAAGAGGGGCGUAAACUCUACAUCGGCUCGGAAAACAACGGUCACGGUGGCAUGGUACGUGGCUGGUCUUCCCGCGCCUGGCCAGAGUUUAUGAACGAGGCGUACUACGCCGUUGCCCAUGUUGGGCCCUACAUGUUGCAGCUACUACGAGUCGUCGGCUCCGCCGCCGCCGGCCAUAUGCCCCAUGCCGUCGCCCGACUGUACCGCGACCACGAGCUUGUGUGCGCUGCGAAUCACGUCCUCGAUGGUACAGGAGCAGAGGCGCCGGCAGUCGAUACAAUCCGGGUCGAAAAGAUUCUACCAGAGCCGAACGAAGAACGACAGGAGGCUGGUCUCGCCGGUGCUUUUCGCGACAAGAACGUGGGCUAUAUCAUCGAGUUCAGUUCUGCGCAACAACAGCGCCAUUGGCGGUUCGAAGCACGUCACAAACACGCGUGGUGGAGCGAGCCCACGAGUGCCCCCGGUCCCGACGGCACAGGCAAGUCCGGGUGGGUCGAGGCAUUGCUCGGAGGGUCGAAGGGUGAGGCGUUCAACGGGACAGGGGUGGGCGGCCAGCUACAGAUCCCAGUGCCUUGA